AUUGAAGGGUGAAGCUUCAAAUUCUCGCUCCAAAAAACCGACUGCAAUGAGAGCGUGGCUGGAACGCGAAAAGUCAGCAUCACCCGCGCAGUGCAAGCGAGCUUCACAGGGGAGCCGGCCGCUCUCACAAUAGCAGACCCCAGCGAGAGGACAACCCAGUAAGGUGAUACACUCUAAUGAAAAGGAGCAUACGAAAAGAUGUUUGGAUUUGGGCUGAAAUUGAAACCGAAGUCAAAGCCCUUGCUCAGUGCUGCUCGUCGGCCCAGAGAUCAGGUUUCUGAGGCAAAUGCUUCCCGAGAUGAAAAUAUAAGUCCAAAUACUGAAAUAUCAGAUUGUGAGGGAUCAGAAAAAAUACCAUCAGUUGGGAGUGGCCAUGUGGAGCCGGUUAUGAUAUCAGGAAGUCAUUUCAAAACUUCUGACGAUAAUGUCAAAAAGGAUGAAACUGCUUUGAAAACAGAACCACCAAGCAUUUCAUCAGUCAAUGACAGUAAUCAGGUUAUUGGAAAUGAUUCGAAUCGUUCUCAUCCUUCAAGUGAUAGUUCAAAGACUUCAGAAAACGAUAUCUCAUCAGCUGCCGUGUCUGGAAAAGAAAAUUAUCUUACAGAUGAGAAACUAACUGGAAGAGAAACUGACAAACAACCAGACAGUUCUAUUUUGAUAAAUCACCAGAAAAAUGCAGGUUCAAACUUCAUUGCAGCUGAUGAUUUUCCGAUUGUGGUUGCAACAAGUGUAUCUCAUGUUGGCUCAGUUGUUAUUAUUCCAAAAACAGCGGAGACAUUACCAGUAGUGUCUAAAACUUGUAUUGGAAAUUAUAUUCAAAAUCAGUCAACAGUCAAUGAACUACCAAAGGAUAAAGAGCCAUUGUCCUAUUCAAAACAAACUGCAGAUGAAGGAAACACAUACUCCAUCCAUCAAAUCAACAACUCAAGGAACAUAUUACAGAAUAACAAGGAAAAGAAACCACAGGCAGAAGGAGCAUUCAGGCAAAUGAUUAAUGCAACCAGAAAGGAACUCAAUGAAAAGUUGAAGGAUGGUAAUCUUGAUAAGUCAAAGCUUAUAAUGCGUGAUUUGAUAUUCUAUAACCCAUCUUCAAACCCAAUGCCUGUCUGGGAGGAGGGCAUUUCAAGUGAGGAAAGUGUUGAUGAUGUGGAAAAGACUCCAACUCCAACUGAUUACAUGCCAGUCCCUCAAUUGAAAGUUGGCCCAGAUGGCAAAAUUAUUCUUGAUAGUACCAGUCUGCAGGUGAUUGAGACAGGUGGCACGAAGAAGGGUAGGAAUGAUAUAAAAAACUGUGAACAAGUUCAGGAGAACGAUUCCAGUACUCGCAAAUAUACCAGAAAAAGAAAUAGAAGAAUAAUUAGAAAACGGCGAAAUGUCUGGAACGUUGAAGAAACGGUGAUGUUCUACAAGGCGUUGAAUACAAUUGGUUCGGAUUUCUCAGUGAUGGAGACUGUAUUUCCAGACCGCACUCGGCGUGAUUUGAAGUCGAAAUUCAAAAGAGAAGAGAAACGUAAUCUCGUUCAAGUAAACAUAGCAAUGUUACUACAUAGCGAUUUCGAUUUAGAAGGUCUGAAAAAAGAACUUGAAAGAGACAGAGCUGAAAUAGCUAGAAAACAACAAAAAAAGAUAAUUUUGAAAAAAGAGGCUAGAAAGGUUUUAAAACAACAAAAACAGGAAGCCAGAAUAGAAAAGAAAAAACUAAAAUCAGAAGCUAAAAACAAAGAAAAGCAGCAAAAAUUGGAAGCGAAAAUGAAGGCUAAGAAAGAAAAAUUGGAAGCUAAGAUUAGAGAAAAAGCGCAAAAAGAAAAAAACAAGAAAAACAAAACCAAACGAGCUGCAAAAAAUAGCAGUCAAGAAGUCGAACGUAAUCAGAAUAUGCCAACCAACAAAAGAACCGAACGUUGGAGAGGAUAUAACAUGUUGUCUUCCGACAGUGAUUGUUUUGACAAUGUUCCUUCCCAUUCUAUAGAUUACCGCAAUUUGUUCAAAAGCAAAAAAUAUGAUUUCGAACGUGGUGUACGUGAUGAAAGAUUGAUUCAAAUUGAGAAAAAUAUUAUCAAUGAGGAACUGAACAUUCUACGAGAGAAACUAGAGAAACUGCAAGCUAAAAAAUCAUCGGAGCAAAUGAUGUCAAAGAUUACUGGUGCUACAAGUACAACUAGUAGUACCAUUACUUCAAAAAACUUUACAAUAAUUUAUGACGAAAAAGGCACUGAGCAAUUAGUAUUAAGUUCCAGAGUGUGUCAACCAUCAGUUUUCACUAGCAAUAUGGCUGCUAGUACUGGUGCUACAAGUACAACUAGUAGUACUAAACACUUCACCAUAAUUUAUGACGAAAAAGGCACUUAUGACGAAAAAGCAAUUAGUAUUGAGUUCCAAAGUGUGUCAACCUUCAGUUGUCACUAGCAAUAUGGCAGCUAGUACUGGUGCUACAAGUACAACUAUUAGUACUAAACAAUUCACCAUAAUUUAUGACAAAAAAGGCACUGAGCAAUUAGUAUUAAGUUUCAGAGUGUGUCAACCAUCUGUUGCCACUAGCAACAUAGCUGCUAGUACUGUUGCUACAAGUACAACUAGUAGUACUACUACUACUGCAUUGAUACAGGACGUGGAUUGUGAUCUGAAUCCUCGUGAGAAAUGGAACUUCACCGUAACUUAUGAUGAAAACGGAAAGGUAAAAGUAGAUUCUAAUCACUCCUGUUAAAACUGGCUAAAACCUGUAAAACCGCUGAAAACCUGCUGUGUACAAAUUCACUUUUGUGAUUAACGUUAAGACUUGAUUGGUUGUGUAAAAGUAAAUUUAGAUGGUGCUCCCACUGGAAUACAGUGAAAUUCAAGUCAUGAUAGUACCUAAGCUAUAAUCAGUGGCGGCGUAGCCACCAAUAAAUGGGAAGGGGUGCUCAAGGCUGGGUUCAAAAUAUUAUUGAAGGUGCCAGACAUUAAUAGCCUAUUCUGAGUACUCUUCAUUGCUAAAAACGGCCAGAUUGCUUGGACAUUCAUCAUUACUAAUGAUUUUACUUUUUGAGUAGGACUUAUUUCUCUUCCUUUUAAUGUAUAAGAAAAUCUCACAAGAUGCUGUUGAUUGGAUUCUUUCAUUUUUUGCUAGCUUGUGAAGUUGGUAUAGAGCUGGUUCAGGCCUACUAGAAGGUGGUUUUGCUAGCUUGUGAAGUUUGUAUAGAGCUAGUUCCGGCCUUCUAGAAGGUGAGAAGUAGGCUCUCUAUUUUACAAACAUUAUUUCUUCAAUAUAAUACAAAGUAUCAGUAUUAAUAUCAUUUUAUUAUUCAUGAUUUAUAAUUUUGAUAGUCUCAUUAUUUUGUUCAAAUAUGAAUAAAUUAAAUUUUUGUCAUAUUUAUUUUUGUUAUAAAUUUUGGUAUCUAUUGUACGAAUACCGUAAUGGGUAUUAUCGAAAUAAUAUAAAAAUCACAAUGUAUUGAAACAAUGAUGAAAAAUGGCGAUAAAUCAUUCAAAUUGAAAAUUGAGCUUCGUAUCAGAAUAUAGUUCUUUUAAUUUUCCAUUUAUUCUUUGACCAAAUAUAUAACUAUCAUUUUUAUAAGAUUAUAGUGAGUUUAAUUUUUUAGGAGGGAAGUAUUUUUCUUUAACCUUUUUUUAUUACUGCAAAUUGGGCUCAAUUUGGUGAUAACCAUUCAUUGAUUUUCAUUGUUUUUUUUCAAAUUUGGAAGAAAUAGCACAAGGUUAGCCUUAUUAACCUUGUUCUAUUCCAGUAAUUUUAAUGUAAAAAUAAAUAAUAAACAAUAGUUUUCUAAUUAUUUGAUCUUUAGAGGAAUGAAUAGUCUUGAUUCUAGAAGUGAAAUUUGAUCUCAAUAAUCCAGAGAUUUGACGGAAGCAUUUGUUUAGUUCAAAAUUCACUUUAUUCAAUAUACCUACUUACACAAGGAAGAGGAUCCAUAAGAAAAAUCGAAAAUGUAUCAACAUUGUAAAAGGGUUAGGAAGGAGGAAUUUUAGGAUUUUUAAAUUUUGGAAAAUAUUAAUUCAAACAUAGCUUCUAUUGCCGCCACUGAACAUAAUUCAUAAGCAAAGUAGAAACUAUUGUAAAGUACAAAUUUUAUUGUAGCCUACAUUUUUUAUAUAAAAUAAAGAAUUGUAAACAACAUUGUUUCAAAAAAGUGUUCAAUAA